AUGCUUCUUUUAAGCGCAAAAAAACUUUUAAUUUCUUUAAUAAUUUUCCCGUAUAUGAUGAAUAAUACAUCAUGGUUACUAAUUUUUAGUAAGAAAAUAAAUUAUCAUAAAAAACAGAAUUUCCAUUUUGUAUCCUUAAACAGUAAAACGAAGCAUAAUACAAAAAGGAACGUUUUUUACUAUUCUAUUAAUACGAAAAAAAAAUUUAGUAUUUUAAAUAGUAACGAACAAAAUAGUAUCAAUUCAAACGAUGACAACAUUUUCAAGUAUACAAAAUAUGACAAAAAUAGUGAUAUAUAUAUUAAACUAUUAGAAAAAAAAGCAGAAGAAAUAAGAAAUUCAAAAAAUACCUUUGGAAGUAAAUUAAAACUGAAAAAAAAAACACACAAUAAAAAUGAAGACAAAUUAUCAAAUAAUUUUCAGCAUUUAGAUUAUACAACCUUGCAAUUAUUAGCAAAUGAAUUAAAUGUAUUGUUACAAGAUUCUAUUGUAGAGCAUAUAACACAAACAGAUAACAAAACUAUUGUUUUGCAUUUAAAUAAAAAGGGAAUAGAAUAUUAUUUAUAUUUAUGCUAUGAUAAUGAAAAUCCAAUUAUUUCUUUAGGAUUAAAAAUAAGGAAAUUAUUUAAUAGAUUUAUAGAAGAUGAUUAUGCACAGAAAUUAAAUCCAAUUCUAAAAUAUUCACUUAUUUCUGACAUAUAUAUAAAAAAUAAAUUUAUAAAAAUAUUAUGUAUAGACUUUAUUUUAAAAAGGAAAACAGAACAAGAUAUAGAUAUUAUAGAUAUAUUACCAAGUGCAAAUAAUUCAAGCAGAAAAGUAACAUUAAUAUUUGAUCUACAUAAUAAAUCCUGUAUUUCUUAUGUUAUUAAUAAAGCUAAUAAUGAAAUUUUAAUAUCCCCUCAUAAUAGUAUAACUGAAAAGACAAUAGAUAAAUCAUAUAAAGAAGGGCAUACUUAUAUUUUCCCAACAAAAGAUGAAUGUAAACUAAUUCCAAAUCAUUAUGAGUUUCUUUCAUCAUUUAUAAAUUUAUUUAAACCGCGAAAGGAACAAUCUUUUAUUUCAUCAAUUUUAGACUUAUAUGAAGGUAUUAGUUAUAAUUUAUUAUUAAAAUUUUUUGAUUAUUUAAACAUAAAACAUAAUGUAAAAUUUCAAGAAUUAGACCAAACCGUGUUAUUAGAUUUUUUUAACAAAGCAUAUAUUAAAUGGGCACGUUUUAUAAAUUUAAAAGAAAAAAGUGGAGCAUUUACAUAUUAUCCACAUUAUGAUUAUAAUUUAAAUGUUUAUUCUGUUGUUAAACUUAUAAAUAUAUCAAAAGAAACUUAUAACACACCUGCAAAUAAUACCACUCAUAAUUUGGAAAAUCCUGCAUGCGAAAAUUUUAAAUCAGUUUUAAAUUCGAAUCAUUCAGAUAAAGAUAUAGAAAAUGAAAAAGCAAAAAAACAUGGACAAGAUGCUCAUCCAAAUAAUCAGUUUGUAAGUAAAAAAGAAACACAUUUUGACACAGUAAUUGAACUAGUUUACUACUACUAUAGUGAAUAUUUUUCAGUAAAUCAAUUUUAUACUUCUUUACAAUUUUGUAAAGAAUUUAUUAAAAAAAAAAUGCCACAAUAUGAAGAAAUGCUUAAACAGUAUAAAUCUGAAGGAGAAAUCUGUGAAAAGCAAUACUUAUUAAAUGAACAAAUAAAUACAUUAAGUGUUUUUAAUUAUACUAUUGCAAAAAUGAAUGAAUGGGUUGAUAGAAAAACAUUUGAUGCUUUAAAAUUAAUAGAAAACGAAUUAAAAAUUAAUCCUUUAGAAGAUAAUAGAAAAACUCAUAUUAAAAAAUUGGAAGAAAAAAAAGAAAAAGAAGAAACUAUACAAAAAAAAAUUCUUAAUGUUAAGCCAAAUACUAUAAAAACUUCUCAAAAUAUUUAUAAAGGAUCAUUAUUAAUUAAAAUUAACGAAUCUGAUAUAUCUUCUCCAUUUUUAAUAAUUGGAAGAAAUAGUAAACAAAAUGAAAAAAUUUCAACACACAUUUUGAAGUUUAAUGAUUUAUGGUUCCAUGUGCACCAACAUCCAGGUGGGCAUGUCAUAUUAAGGAAUAAAAAAAUUAAUGGUAAAAUAAUUAGUGCAGAUUUAAAUUUAUCGGAUAUUAAUAUUGAUGAUGAUAUAAAAUAUGCUGCUAAUGUAGCUGCCUAUUUCUCAAAAUCAAGGAAAAUGGAAAAAACACUUGUUUGUUUUACCCUUGGAAAAUAUGUUUAUAAGGACAACACUUUGAAUGAAGGGGCUGUAGAAGUCAUAAAAUACAGGCUUGUAUACGGAAGGCCUAAAAAAGUUUCUAGUAUCAUAAAGGAUCUAAACGAAAGGAAUAAAGAAAUAGAGAUUUCAAAAAAAAAAAAAUAG